AUGAAGACCCUGGCGCGCCAUGGUCUGGCAGUGUGUUUAGCGCUCACCACCAUGUGCACCAGCUUGUUGCUCGUGUACAGCAGCCUCGGAGGCCAGAAGGAGCGGCCCCCGCAGCAGCAGGCAGCGGCGACCCUCAGCUCGCGGCGCCCGGCGGAGAGCAGCCCCCCGCCGCGCCCGGAGACCCCCGCGGGACCGCGGCCGCUGGACGGAUACCUCGGCGUGGUGGACCACAAGCCCCUGAAAAUGCACUGCAGGGACUGCGCCCUGGUGACGAGCUCGGGGCAGCUGCUGCGCAGCCGGCAAGGCGCCCAGAUUGACCAGACAGAAUGUGUCAUCCGCAUGAACGACGCCCCCACGCGUGGCUACGGGCGCGACGUGGGCAACCGCACCAGCCUGCGGGUCAUCGCGCAUUCCAGCAUCCAGCGGAUCCUGCGCAACCGCCACGACCUGCUCAACGUCAGCCAGGGCACCGUGUUCAUCUUCUGGGGCCCCAGCAGCUACAUGCGUCGCGACGGCAAGGGCCAGGUCUACAACAACCUGCAGCUGCUGAGCCGGGUGCUGCCGCGGCUGAAGGCCUUCAUGAUCACGCGCCACAAGAUGCUGCAGUUCGACGAGAUCUUCAAGCGCGAGACCGGCAAAGACAGGAAGAUCUCCAACACUUGGCUGAGCACUGGCUGGUUCACCAUGACGAUAGCCCUGGAGCUCUGUGACAGGAUCAACGUUUAUGGCAUGGUGCCCCCCGACUUCUGCAGGGAUCCCAACCACCUUUCAGUACCUUAUCACUAUUAUGAACCUUUUGGACCUGAUGAAUGUACAAUGUACCUAUCUCAUGAGCGAGGACGGAAGGGUAGUCAUCACCGCUUUAUCACAGAGAAACGAGUCUUUAAGAACUGGGCACGAACAUUCAAUAUUCACUUUUUUCAACCAGACUGGAAACCAGAAUCUCUUGCUAUAAGUCAUCCUGAGAAUAAACCUGUGUUCUGAGGAA